CUGAUGAGCCCUUGGGUUGAGGUUCUGUUGCUGGCAGGACAGAGGCUGGGGUUGGCAUGGGGCAGUGUUUGAGGUACCAGAUGCACUGGGAAGACCUGGAAGAGUACCAGGCUCUGACUUUCCUGACCAGAAAUGAAAUCCUGUGCAUCCAUGACACCUUCCUGAAGCUCUGCCCUGUGGGAAAGUGCUACAAGGAGGCCACACUGACCAUGGAGCAGAUCAGCUCCCUGCCGGCCUUGAGGGUCAACCCUUUCAGAGACCGCAUCUGCAAAGUAUUCUCCCACAACGAUGUCUUCUCUUUUGAGGAUGUGCUGGGUAUGGCGUCUGUGUUCAGUGAGCAGGCCUGCCCCAGCCUGAAGAUCGAGUACGCCUUCCGCAUUUAUGAUUUCAAUGAGAAUGGCUUCAUUGAUGAGGAGGACCUGCAGAAGAUCGUGCUCCGACUGCUGGACAAUGAUGAUGUGUCUGAGGACCUCAUGAUGGACCUCAUACACCACGUCCUGAGGGAGUCAGAUCUGGACAACGACAACAUGCUCUCCUUCUCAGAGUUUGAACACGCAAUGGCCAAGUCUCCAGAUUUCAUGACCUCCUUUCGGAUUCACUUCUGGGGAUGCUGAU